GUCUUUGUGUCGAUCAACUCAUCUGCCAAUGAGCCAAUUUUGUCGUGUGAUCACGACACAUUUCAUCACUUGUCUCAGCAUUUUGUGGGAUGUAGCAGUGAUAUGCAGACUAUGAUUAACUUCAUCACAGAAACAAAUCGAAAAGUACGAUUGGUUGUCAUCGAUUUUGCUGGUCCUUCUACCAAUGUGGAUGAUUUGCGACGUUUCAUCAAAAGC